UUGCUUAUCCUCAUGCAUCAGUGUGGUGACUUUGACAGAAACCCUAGUUCCUAAUGUCAUGAGUUAACUUACUGCAGUUUCUGUGAGUGUGUGAAGCAACCACUGCGGCAUGGAAUAGUAUUGCAUAUCGCAUGCUGGGUGCCGAGUCAACUAUUUUUGGGAGGGUCUAGUUAUUGCCUUGAAGAAUAGUCUGUCAGAAAGUGAUUCUGUCUUAAAGUAUCCUUCAGGGCAUUGCGUAGGUGCUGCGUGUCUUUCGUACCAUCUUUUCGCGCAACAACGAAUCAGCAUAUAUAGAGAGCACCGAACUGUAUUUAUCGAUCUCAUUUGUGGGCUGUCUGCUCUUCUCUGAAGUCGAAUUGGUCGCACACUUCUUGAGAAGAAUUGUUGUGCCAUUGCAGAAUUAGUCAGGAACUGAGGGCAUUCUUUUCUGGAACUGCUAAGUUUUUGAUCCAAAAUCUUUUGAAUUCAUCAGGCGAGGAAUGGAGCCGAAAGAAGGGUUCGAUUGCAUAGGAUAUGCAGCGCACGACGAGAGCGGAUUUUUGAAGCCCUUCAAAUUCAAGCGCAGGAACUCUGGACCAGAUGACGUUGUUUUUCGAGUCACUCACUGUGGAAUUUGCUACGCGGAGGUGAUAUGGACCAGGAAUUUUCUUAGUGAUGUCCAGUAUCCCGUCGUUCCGGGACACGAGAUUGUUGGAGUUGUCACGAAGGUGGGCUCUAACGUCUCGAACUUUAAAGUUGGAGAACGUGUGGGAGUGGGAUACUGCGCCAUGUCAUGCCUGCAUUGCGAUUCUUGCAAAGAAGGCAUGGACAGCAUGUGUGUCAAUUUGGCAACCAGAGUCUUCAACGCAGUGGAUGUGGAUGGCACAAUCACUCGAGGAGGAUUUUCUAACAUCAUGCAAGCGCAUCAGCGGUUCGUUGUGAAGAUCCCAGAUGCGCUGCCUUCCGACGUUGCGGCUCCUCUCCUCUGUGCAGGCGCUACAGUUUACGGUCCAAUGAAACGCCUUGGCAUGAACAAACCAGGAAUGAAGCUCGGAGUGGUUGGGCUUGGGGGAGUGGGCCAUAUGGGAGUCCUGUUUGGAAAAGCAUUUGGUCUGCAUGUUACCGUCUUCAGCACUUCAUCCUCGAAGAAGGACGAGGCUCUUGGUGUACUCGGAGCUGAUGCAUUUGUACUUAGCAAAGAUGAGGAAGCCAUGAAGGCUCAACAUAACACCUUGGAUUUCAUUAUCAACGCAGCAUCAGGAUCCAUUCCACUUGAUCCAUAUCUCCUUGCUUUGAAGCAGGAAGGUGUUCUUGUGCUCGUUGGAGCUGGAGCGGAGGCGAAAUUCUCCCCACAUAAUGUUUUCAUGAGGAAGUUCAUCACGGGAAGCGCAGGAGGCGGUGGAGCCAAAAAUGUUCAAGAGAUGCUGGAUUUUGCUGCAGAAAAGAGGGUGUUUCCAUUGAUCGAGACUAUCAACAUCGAUUAUGUUAACGAGGCAAUGAAUCGACUUGUGCAGAAUGAUGUUCGGUAUCGCUUUGUCAUUGACAUUGAGAACUCCUUGAAGCCAGAGUGAUUUGAGAUCCCGAGAUGAUGUUUUCACAAAAAUCGAUUGCUGACUCUACAAUAGAUUGAUUCGUGUGUGAUCUUUCUAUGCACUAGCACACGUAACAGGUUUUUUUAGUACUUGGAAUAUAUAUCUAAUCCAAUAGUAGAUAUAUAUGGUGUGUUACGCUCAUUCCUGAAGUUGAUUUACUACACCAGAUUACUAGUGGUAAUGCAUAGAUGAUAUUACCAAACAAGUGAAGCGAGUAACAGUUGUUUCCACUGGCUCCCUGAGAAGAGGAUGUGUUCUAAACAGUGUGCUGACAUGUUAAAUAAAUCGUGGAAGCACUGAUCUAGCCAACCGUUCUGCUCAAAAA